AUGAAUAUUAACCGAACAACACAGGCACAGCGACAUUCUGUUCGUUUGCAUGCAGCGGAAUCAACACGCGUUUUAGAUGAGGUAACACGAAAACGACGUUUGCGAAAACAGCUUGAAGCCCUUGAACAGUGGCAUAAAAAUAUUCCCAAAUUCGAGGAUGAUCAAUUGGGACAAUCUUCGACUCGUAAAGGAGAGGUUGAGUCAGGAAAGAAAAAGAAAAAGUUCAAAAUGGAAUAUUUCAAGCAAAGAUUCCGGAAAAAUUUUUCGGCUUUAGUGGAGGAAGAAACGCUGUCGAAGUCCAUGGAAAUUUCCGGUUUUGAUGCAUACAAUGCUGCGCGGGCACCGCCAAGUUGUAUACCGCCACGGCAAUUUUGCGCAGCUUGCGGUUUCUUCUCUAAAUAUACCUGUAUAAGGUGUGGUGUACGAUAUUGUUCAAUAAAUUGCAGAGAUCUGCAUAAUGACACCAGGUAA